AUGUCAGACCUCAAUCUUCAAGCCGUUCACGAUGAACUCAUCUCUGUGGCCUACGAGGCCGGCGCCAUGAUCUUGGCCGCCAAUCCUGCUGAGCUUGACACCGAUACCAAGCUGAAUUCCGUCGACAUCGUCACCGAAGCAGACAAGGGUGUUGAGAAGAUGGUCUCAACACGUCUGUCAUCAUCCUUUCCUAGCAUCUCCUUCAUGGGCGAGGAGACAUACCAGCCUGGCAUGAAGCUCGGCCCUGAGCCAACUUUCGUCGUUGACCCUAUCGACGGCACAACCAACUUCGUCCACUCGUUCCCCAGCGCUUGUAUCUCCCUCGGACUCGCCAUCGAUCGCAAGCCCGCCGUGGGCGUCAUCUACAACCCAUGGCUCGACACCCUCUACACCGCCAUCAAAGGCCACGGCGCCUUCCUCACACACGGUCGCGGCACACAGCCCAAGAAGCUUCCCCUCGCGCGCUCACCGCGACCCAUUGAGGGACUGGGCAACUCGCUCAUAGCUGUGGAGUGGGGAUCGCAGCGCGACGGACCCAACUUCGACGUUAAGGUUGAGGCCUUCCGAAAACUCACAGCGAGUCGCGAAACGGGCGGAUCGAUGGUGCACUCGCUGCGGUCCAUAGGCUCUGCUGCGCUCAACAUUGCUUCUGUGGCAGCGGGACAGUGCGAUUUGUAUUGGGAAGGUGGAUGCUGGGCGUGGGAUGUUUGUGCCGGAUGGGCGAUCCUGGAGGAGGCUGGCGGUCGUAUGGUGCAUGGAAACCCAGGUAUCUGGGAUAAUGAGAUUGAGUCCCGAGUGUACCUUGCUGUGCGAGGGGCGCCGAGUGGCCAGAAAGAGCUUAUUGAAGAAUUCUGGGGUGUCCUCGGCGACAGUAAGCUAGAUUACUCCAGCUAG